AGAACUUGUUUGUCGGCCCCUGUUCGACACUGUUGGGAAGUGGAGUAGGUAUUAACCGGCAUCUUUCCAUUCAGUAUCGCUGGGGAAUUCAUUUUCUCGUUUAUACGGCGGGCUAAUUUUAAAAUCACCAUGACGUGAAGUUCCGGCAAUUCAAGCAGGCUGGCAGCUACACGCAGGCAAAACCAGACGAACUCGGCGCGAAUGGUCUGCGUCGGGCAUCCGCAUGCUCACAGCUCAACAGUGUCUGUGGUUAGUUUCGCAAGCAAGGUCGGCCGUACAAACGCGUUCCUUUAACCUUACUUUUAGUGAAUGCAAGUAAUGUCUACCGUGAAUCAAAAUAUUCCGUCGUCCGCGGAUGCUUGUCAAAAUAUCGUUCAUACUCUGAUGUGCCAUCGGCAAGGAGGCGAAAGUGAGCCGUUUGCCAGAAGGGCCAUCGAAUCGCUCGUCAAAAAAUUGAAGGAGAAACGAGAUGAAUUGGAUUCGCUUAUUGUUGCCAUAACAACGGCAGGCGCCCAACCGAGCAAGUGUGUCACAAUUCAGCGAACUUUGGACGGGCGCCUACAGGUAGCGGCGCGAAAAGGAUUUCCCCAUGUGAUUUAUGCGAGAAUUUGGAGGUGGCCCGAUUUGCACAAAAACGAGUUGAAACAUUUAAAGUUGUGCACGUAUGCGUUUGAUUUAAAGUGCGAUCUUGUUUGUGUUAAUCCCUACCAUUAUGAACGCGUUGUGUCACCUGGGCUUGACCUCUCUUCACUCACCUUGCAUUCUUCGGCUCCAGUCAGAAACAACGCGGUUAUGGAUGUGGAUACGGAUAUUG